AGCCACGAAAGAGCCACCGAGAUCUGCAUUGAAAAAAUGGCGCCGGCUCGCUUCACGUGUGUUGGAUUCUCGCCUCAACUCAAUUGGCGAAUCGUGGAAUUCGUGUGCCCUUUACCGAUAUAUCGCAUAUGUAGCGUCUGUAGCGUUGUACCAGAUACAAUAUUUAGCCUGGAGUGCGGCCACGUCUUCUGUCAGUCCUGCAUUAAUGAUCUAACUCAAUCCGAAACUCUGGCCUCGUGUCCCUUUGACAAUAAAUCGUUCGACGUGCGAGGAAUCUCCAAAGAUGUGUCGUCUGAGGGUUUCAUCAUGAAUUCCAAGGUAUUUUGCUUGAACAAAGACACAGGAUGUUCAUAUACGGGUCCGUUAUCGUCUAUGAUAGAACACUACACUGGUGAAUGUUCACUCCAUAUUGUUCAUUGUCGUUCCUGCAAGAGCGAAAUCACACGACGAGAUAUUCUGCCCCAUGUCAGAGGAGGCUGCUCGCGUGAAACCGUACUAUCACGCAACAUUGUCUUCUCGGGAGCCAGUGAUGGAGAGUUCAGCAUGCGAAAUGUAUCUGACACUAUCUUAUCCAAGAUCGAUAGCUUCGAAGAGAAGUUCCUUAAAACUUGCGACGAGCUGAAACACAUCCUUGGACAAGGUGAAGCGGGGAUACCAAUUCAGGAACCGCACGUUGAGAGCACGCGGGCCAGAACACCAGACACAGAUUUAAGCACGGAAGCAGUGUCUGACCAGGAGAGUCCAGAGGUCACGGAACGCACAUGUGCAAGUUCCUUGUCGCAAGAAAGUGAAGACUACCAGAACAGCCCACUGGGAGCAAAAAAGGCGGACACUGCGGUAUUGCGGGAAAUACCUAACAAUGUGGAGACUCCGCCAUCUUCAAACUUGCAUGGGGCAACAGCACAGAAUACCCCUGCUACAUCGUCUGCAUUGAAACCUGGGACAACCAAAAAUUCCAAGAACUCAGAGUCUCAAAAGAAGCCCAAUGAAGCAAAUCAUUAUGGUUCUGCAACGGCAUCGUGCGCUGUCGGUGUACAAGCAGCAUCCAAGGCUUCAGAUGUCAUCGAGACAUCUACUGCAAGUAAUGCGUUGUCUCCCUCGAAGGCGUCGAAGGGCACUGGGACUACACCGUCGAAAAUGCCGGGAUUGAAGUCGUCCAGCUCGUCGCAGACCGACAUGAAGCCAUCUGCUACGACUCAAACGGCAGCCAGUCCUGCUACUUCGACGGUGUCCACCAGCUCGAAAUCGAGCUCAACUCCGCUACUCACCGCAUUUGUUCCAUCCGUCUUUCUCAUGGAUCCAAGUCUUUCCGACGGUGCAGCGGGCAACAGUGAGCCGACAGGCUCGACAAUAUUUACGUGGGAGGUGAAGCCCUACUGGAAACUCCGAAACCGACCCACACCGGAUGAGCCCUGCAUCUUCUCGAGCGAUCCUUUCUUCAUUGGCGAAAAUGGCUACAAAGCCAGACUCGAAGGACGGUUUCAUGAAGACGAUUCCGAGGUCUUCCUCGGUUUAUACAUUCACCUUCAGAAGGGUCCAAACGACGCCAAGCUUGACUGGCCGUUCAAGAAAAAGUGCACUUUUGUGCUUGUGCAUUCGAAGCAUGAGAAACGCAAUUUAAAGUUUGUGUUGGGUGAAGAUCUGCAAGAAAACAAGAGUCUCUCUAUCAACUUCUGCCGACCAAAAAGGGUGGAGAACGACGCCGUCGGCAUUGCAAAGUGCGUUUCGGCGGCAUGUAUGAAGCAGGGAGGGUACGUCAAGAACAACACAUUCAAGGUGCAUUUUGUUACGUGUGGUCCAUGACAUUUUGUAGAUUUGUGGAGCUCACUCUGUUGUUUCGUGUCUGGUUGCUGCUUAGUCUCAUGCUUAGUUUCAUUGUUUAACCGCAUCAAGUAUUGCGUUUUAGAUAUGUCAGCACGUUGUUAAGUCUCAUCAUUUCCUGUUUCUGGAUGUUGUAACGUUGUUUGUGACACACACAGACAUAGAUACCUCUCGACAUGAUCGUUCUCAUAGCCAAAUAACGUGAAGAAACACAAUCCGAUCUUGUUGAGGGUGUUGAGUGCACAUGCUUCUGUUAUUCACAUAGUGCCAUAUUUACUUAUUUCCCACAUCAACAGUACACAACUGUAUUUGAUUUAAGUUCGGUUCAUUUCCUUGAAACCCGACUGUCGUGAUAUUCAUGUUGCUGCUGUUUAAAAAUAUAGAGUCAUAACGUGCGAUUUUUGUUCUUUACCGUUACAUAUGUCCAUUCCUGUCAGGUCAUUCUCUGACAGCUGAAGCAAAUGGCAGAAUAAGAUGUUAACAACAUAUAUCUGAAAUCAUUUGUCAAUUGUUUCUUAACCUACGCAAACAAGUCAGGCGUGUAAAAAGUUUCAACAGCAAAGGUGAACAGAGACAUGCAUCAUUAACAAAGGUUUCAACGUCGGCCAUGCCAGAGUAAUUUUUUACACGGCGAUAGAAAUCCACAUUAUACAUGCACAUAAAGCACGCUUUCGCUACAGGAGCGUAAAAAUGUACUACCACAAGGGAUACCGAGGACAUUCUCGUAACAAACACACACACACACACAAAAAAAAAACACACACAAAAAAACUGCACAACAGUGGUAUCGUCCUACAGGCGGGACUUUUGCACGGCGAACUUCCUCUCUUCAAUAGCACCCUUCAAAAGCUUUAGUGCAUCAUCUGCACAACCCCAGCAGACUGUAAUGCCUGAACCACCAUGCCCAUAAUUGUGGAUUAUUGGUAACUGUAAGAACAAAGACAAUAAAUGUAAUGGUUAUUGUA